GAGGAGAGCCUGCACGAUCGCCGUGCUACGCCGUGUCUCCAGCUAUAAGAAUAGACAGUCCACUGGCUGGCAUUACGAUACAGCCCUCUAUACCCCCAUAACGUCUUGUAAUUGUACCCGCCUUUUUACUAGACAAAGAUGAAGAUCGUUAGCUCAGAUGACAUUGAUAACUACCAGCGCGCGACCGCGAUUGGAGGCGCCAAAGGUUUCUUUGGGGGUCUCGCAGUUGCUGGACCAGCAUCCUACAUUCUGAACAAGCGAUGGCCGUACUACCGCCAGCUUCCCCCGUCUCUGAAGGCGUUCGGCAUCAUCUUGGUCGCCGUGCCGUCGUUUGUGAUUGCUGCUGAGCACGCGGGGCAGAAGUACGAGAAGGAUCAUUGGACUGGUGUGGGGAAGGUCGAGUUGGACACUGCAGCAGCGAGGGAGCAAGCCCGCUGGGAGGCUCUGAGCCCCUCGGAGAAGGUGAAGGAUUGGGCUGCUAGGCAUCAAUACGGUGUCAUUGGCGGCAGUUGGGCUUUGUCCAUGGUUGGCUCGUUCGGCUGGAUCAUGCGGGACCCACAUCAGUCGUUUGCUCAGAAGAUCGUGCAAGCGCGUAUGUGGGCGCAGGGGUUGACCAUCGGGGUACUCCUAGCCGCCGGUGCAAUCUCGCACGCGAACCGCCACAACCAAGGCAGUGCGCGCAAUGCGAUUCCAGACCACUCAUGGAAGGACAUCCUUGAGCAGGAGGAGCGCGUUCAACAGGAAGCUCGUGCAGCUCAGUCUGCAUCGACGUCUGCUUCUGCGGCUGCGCCUGCCUCGUCGUGAUUCAAAAGUAGACUACCUUGGGACUAUCAUUAAUAUGGACGUACAUAAACUCCUGUGUAGUAUAGAACUAUCGUAUCAUGAACACCCUCCGUC